CCAGUUGAAGCCCCAGUGGUCCCUGUUCCGUUUGGCGUCCCAUUUAAGCCAUGGACAUGUAGGCCGGACGGCCGAAGUGUCUCAUGAGACGAAAUUUGGGGCGACAUUACUCCCAUUCCGUUGAACGUGAGCGCCUACGGCCUUCUGAAAGAAGUAGAUCGCUGGAUCCUGGCGUGAGAUGUCGCCGGAGUGCUCAUGGUGAUGCAAAUCCCAGUGGAAACCGGCUCUUGCUGCCAUGUGGUCAGUCCCCAGUCUUUGGACGGGAUGCGCCGUGGUCACCCAGCAUUUGGAGCAGGACACCAACCCGGCAGUCCAGACAUCUGAACGCUUUGUCGCGCUUGUCGCUUCGGUCAGCCACUCCAAUGUCUCGAACGAGUUCACGAGCAGAGUCAGCAGCAGGUGGUCGUCGCAGCAUGCCCUUUCGCACCUAUCGUCAUGGAGACUGGCGCCAGAGCUUCCCCACAGAGGCCCAGGAAGCCACCAGCCAUCAGAGUCAAGGGCGGGCCUCUGGGAGUUUCUCACGAAGCAGUUUGAUGUCAGAAGAUAGCAUGAGCAGCAGGAGUCGAGCGAGCCAGCGGAAGGUGAAGAAGAAGAAGUCGAGGCCAAGCAAGUCAACUUAUAGCGUUGAAAGCGCUCAGAUGUUGACAUCUUUGUCCGAACCCUCCCGCCCCGACCUGCAGGCGCACAGGGUUCCUGGCUUCUCAAUGGAGGUUGACUCCAAGGAUUUCCAGAUUUUCUCCGAAGGUCUGUUGGAAGGCAGCAUCUUUGGUGCUUUUGGAGCAGAUCAUUUGAAGUCCCUGGCGCCAGAGGUGCAGCUGUAUCGAUUUGCUCCCGCAGAGGCGGCGAGUCGAAAGGAGUUUCCAUGUCCUUACGUUUUCAUCAUCCGGGAUGGCUGCUUCAUCAUGGGUGACAACAGCACCAAGGAGUCCAUCACAUUGGGUCCCAGCUGUGUCUUCGGUGAGAUCAACCUCUGGGGAGUGCACUCGGAUCUCAUGGCGGGCGAGGCAGGGGGGACAUGCUUGGCAAUCUCCAAGGAAACCUUCCUGGAAGCCUUGAAGAAAGUCACGCGUGAGAUUGCCUCAGAGAACUAUCACUUUCUCCUCCGCACUGCCCUCUUCGAAUAUUUGGACGUCUCCUACCUGGCCAUGCUGAGCAAGUGCAGCUGCAACGUCUCCUACAGCCACGGAAAGGUGAUCAAGGAGGAGGGGCCAGGGAGCUUCAUGUACCUGGUGAAGAAGGGAAUGGUGAUCGAAAGCGUCGCCUCCGGGCAGUCGUCGCUACAUCUUCCUGGCGACAGCCUGGGCUGCGGCCGGCUGCAGGCGGAGGGCGACACGGAGCUCGUGGCGUGGCAGCUGCCGUCGCUGCAAGCCUUGCUGGGCUUCCGCGGCACCGAUUUCUUCUGGCGCUGCGCCUUGUUAUCAUCGCUGCGCGGCGCCUGGUCCAGCCAUGCGGGCCACAGCACAGCCUUGGCAUAUCGCGACAACCCUGAAGAAUUGGCCAGGGCUUGUAUCAUCAUCACGGCCUUUGGUCACUCCGCGUUGCCCGAAUGUUUGGGACCGGCGUCCUCCAUCGAAUGGUUCAUGCUCUUGGACGGCAGCCUCACUGUAGAGGUCUCCGGCGUAUCUUACCCCCUGAAGCCCAACGAUUCCAUGCCUUGGCGAGAUGCAAACGGCACGACGUUGCAGCUGCCUGAUGAAGUCGAAGCCACCACGCUGGCGCUGUUGAUGAAAGAUGCCGUUUUGCCAACGGAGGAGGGCGACGAGGAGGAGAAGUUGCGAUGGGUAAAGCAGGUCUUCCUUUUUCGAACUUUAGACCACCGAGAACAGCAGCUCCUGUCGAGUGCGGCAAGGCGAGUGCCGAGGCAGCGCGGAGAAGUGAUUUUUGAAGAAGGAGACUUGGCCUCGCAAUGCUUCGUGGUGGUUGAGGGAGAGAUGGCUCAAUGGAAGGAAGGCAAGCGGUGCCGCAGCUGGUGGAGAGGAUCAAAGAACCAACUGCAACAAUGUCUAUUUCAUAUAUAUAUAUAUAUUUAUAAUUAUUUAUAUAUAUAUAUACACCUUGGUUGGUGA